GGUACAGACAGGAAGUGAUGAUGUCAGGUACAAAGUAUAGCGGAAACAUUGGUGAAAGUGGCAGCAGAGGAGCUAUCCAUCUACAGAGAAAACCACAUGACCCCACCAAUGAGGAUGGAGGAGGACCAGAGUCACAUGACUGAGAAGAUACUGAACCUCACCCUGGAGAUCAUCUACCUGCUGACCGGAGAGAGAUUUCCUCUUCUGAAGUCAGGUGAUCAUAUGACCAUCACAGUGCCUCCAUGUGACUCCCUAAACCCCGAGAGACACAACAUGCAGAAGAUUCUAGAAGUCACCAAGAAGAUGAUGGAGCUGCUGACAGGAGAGGUUCCUAUAAGGUGUCAGGAUGUCACUGUCUAUUUCUCCAUGGAGGAGUGGGAGUAUUUAGAAGGACACAAGGAUCUCUACAAGGACGUCAUGAUGGACAAUCAGUCGCCCCCCCUCACAUCACCGGAUGGAUCCAGUCAUGGGAACCCACCAGAGAGAUGUCCCCGUCCUCUGUAUUCCCGG